AUAGAGAUCGAUAGACAGGACGGCCGCCAUUACUGAAGUCACAGAAUCUAAAGAUGGACCCCCGUACCAGUGCCCAGGACGUGAUGCGAUGUGACCUGUGUGAGACCGCUGUGGUACAGAUGCACUGUGAUACAUGUCUUGUCAACCUGUGUACAGCUUGCGUUGGGAAACAUAUGAUUUCUGAUGAAUCUAAGGACCACAAAGUCGUCAAAUUUCAGUCCAGGAAAUCUACCCCCCUCUACCCUGGAUGUAAUACUCAUAGCAAAGAACGAUGUAAAAUGUACUGUAAACAAUGUGAUAUUCCUGUCUGCAUCAGCUGCAUUGAAUCCAAUCAACAUUUAGGUCAUGAAUUAUCUAAUCUCUUGCGAAUUUUGGAUGAAAAGAAGGACAUUUUUAAAAAGGAAAGAAAUGAAUUAAAUGAUACAAUUUACCCAACCUACCAGGACAUUGCCUCUGAUGUACAAAACAGAAUGAGUCAGUUAGAAAAGGAAUAUGGAGAUCUAUCAACAGCCAUAACAAAACAUGGAGAGGACUGGCACAGAGAAAUUGACAAACUUGUCAAGAAACUUAAAGCUGAAGUUGAUGAGAUGAAAAACACACAGUUACAAACUCUACAGAAACAACUGGAUGAAAUAAACAAGACAAUGUCUGACAUCAAGGAUGAAAUCAAAUCAGUUGAAAUGGCAAUAGACACAAAUGACUUGUCAAGACUGUUCAGUAUAACAUCCAAUGUACAAAGAUACAGAAAUCUUCCACCCAAAAUUAUGGUAUCUUUUCCCAAAUUAAUUCCUGGAAAAAUCCAAGGAGAAGAACUAAAUAAAAUGUUUGGAGCCGUAUCAUCAAGUUCUUUUACUUCAGAUAAACAUGGCUACAGAAUGAAGACAACACAGAAAUCACCAGAAGCUGGAUCCUCCCCUCCAGUCAAACAGCUGCUUGAUGAACCAGAGACUGUCAACACCAUAGACACUAGGUAUGAUAACCUUUACAACGUGGCCUGUCUGAGUGAUGAAGAAAUCUGGACAAGUGGACAUGACAGCACCAUGAAACUCUUCAGCAUCAAUCAGGGAUCACUACUCAAGUCAAUCACAACCAAGUCAGGGAAAAUACCAUAUGACAUAGCAGUGACAAAAAGUGGAGAUCUAGUUUAUACUGAUUAUGAUGAUAGAACUGUGAACAUUGUGAAGAAUGAGAAGAUAGAGGAGGUGAUCAGACUACAGAACUGGAUACCUAAAGGUGUCUGUAGUACCUCCUCUGGUGACCUCCUGGUUAUCAUGGACAGUGAUGAUUACAAACCAACAAAAGUUGUCCGUUACUCUGGCUUCACAGAGAAACAAACCAUUCAGUUUGAUGAUCAAGGUAAACCUCUAUAUUCAUCUGGUGGUUAUUACAGAUACAUAAAUGAGAACAGGAACCUAGAUAUCUGUGUGUCUGACAAAGGAGCUAGAGCAGUAGUGGUGGUCAAUCAGGUCGGGAAACUGAGAUUCAGGUACACUGGACAUACUCCUGCUCCAAAGAACAAACCAUUCAAUCCACGAGGAAUCACCACAGAUAGUCAGAGUCACAUCCUUACAGCUGAUGCUAACAAUGAGUGUGUCCACAUCAUAGACCAGGAUGGACAGUUCCUCCGUUACAUAGACUGUGGACUGAGUGAACCCUGGGGACUGUGUACAGAUACAAAUGACAAUCUGUUUGUUGCUCAAUUGAGAAAAGUGAGAAAAAUCAAAUACCUGCGGUGAAAUGCAUCACUGAGUUGUAUUCUAUAUUAAAUAAAAGAUAUAAUAUUACCUAUAUACAAAAUAUGUAUAUAAGGAAACUUGCAUUAACAAAUUUUUUUUAAUCUCAUAGAGGAAUUGGAAACACUUCCUUAAAACAAGGUAAAACAAGGUCAUAACAAAGUGCCAGGGAUAGGAAAUUUUGCUUUGUAAAAAGCAAAAUUAGUUUUAUCACUUAAUUUCAUAAUUUAUUUACAACUUACAGGGAAUGAAAAUCACUUCACUAUAAGCAUCUAUUCAUUAUA